AUGACUCAGAACGGCGAGAAGGCGGUGACCCCGCUCAUCAUCAACGGUGAGUCCGUCCUGACGGACAUCAAAUUCGAGGUCCACGCCCCGGCCACCGGCGAGCUGUCCGGCCACUGCGCCGGGGCUUCUGUGGAGGAUGCAAUUCGCGCCGCGGACGUCGCAAAAGCCGCGUUCCCAGCUUGGGCCAAGACCAAGGCCUAUGAUCGUCGCGACAUUCUGCUUAAGGCGGCUGAAAUCAUGGCUUCGCGUAAAGAGGAGCUGAUCCAGUACCAGCGCGAGGAAACCGGUGCUGGUCGUCCAUUCGUCGAGCACACUUUCAACAUGGGCGUCAAUUUCAUCAAGGACUUUGCGGGCCGCAUCCCGACUAUCGAGGGCAUCGUGCCCAAUGUCACUUUGGACGGCGAGGGCGCAAUGGUCUUCAAGGAGCCGUAUGGUGUCAUUCUGGGCAUUGCUCCCUGGAACGCCCCCUUUAUCCUGGGCACACGCGCAAUUGCGCUCCCGCUCGCGGCAGGUAACACAGUCGUGCUCAAGGGCUCUGAGCUCUCGCCCAAGUGCUUCUGGGCUCUUGGCGAUAUUUUCCGUCAGGCUGGUCUUCCUGCUGGCUGCUUGAAUGUCAUUUAUCAUCAGACUUCUGAUGCGGUGGCUGUCACCACUGCGCUGAUUGCCCACCCGGCUGUUCGCAAGAUCAACUUCACUGGUAGUACCAAUGUCGGUGCGAUCAUUGCCUCCACUGCUGGAAAGUACAUCAAGCCCGUGCUGCUGGAGCUGGGUGGUAAGGCGUCGGCGAUUGUCUUGGAUGAUGCAAACUUGGAUAAGGCGGCGAUGAACUGCGCACUUGGUUCGUUCAUGCACUCUGGGCAAAUUUGCAUGUCUACUGAGCGCAUCGUCGUGCAGCGAGGCAUUGCCGACCAGUUCCGUGAGAAGCUGGCUGAGACCGCUGAGAAGCUCUUCGGCAAGGACGCCCCGGCCCUGGUGUGCGUCAACUCUGCGGCCGUCUCCAAGAACAAGAAGCUAGUCUCUGACGCCGUCUCGCGCGGUGCCAACGUCAUCUUCGGCGAUGCGAGUGCCAACGAGACUGCCAACGCACACAUGCGCCCUAUCGUCGUCGAGGGCGUCACCAAGGAGAUGGACCUGUACGCGACAGAGUCCUUCGGCCCCACCGUCUCCCUGAUGGUUGUCGACACCGAAGAGGAAGCCGUGGCUCUGGCCAACGACACCGAUUACGGUCUUACCUCCGCUGUCUUCACGAGCAACCUGUUCCGCGGACUGCGCGUCGCCAAGCAGAUUGAGUCUGGUGCCGUGCACAUCAACGCUCUGACCGUCCACGAUGAGCCCGUCCUGCCCACGGUGGCUGGAAGAGCAGUGGAUUCGGACGCUUCGGAGGUAUCCGCGGCUACGACGAGUUCCUGCAGACCAAGACAGUGA